AUGUCGCACGCAAUGGACGCUGGCAUCCAGCGCGAGAUCCGAGCGUUGCCUGGGAACACGCGCUGCGUAGACUGCGGAGUCGCCAACCCUCAAUGGGCCUCGGUGUCUUACGGGUGCGUAUUUUGCCUGGAGUGCAGCGGCCAGCACCGCGGGCUCGGAGUCCACAUCAGCUUCGUCCGCUCGAUCACGAUGGACUCGUGGUCCGAGAAGCAGAUCAACAUGAUGCGCGCGGGGGGCAACCAGAAGCUGAUCGACUGGUUCCAGUCGCACGGGGUCACGAGCGACCAGCGCAUCGCCAAGAAGUACCACUCCCCCGCGGCCGAGCUCUUCCGGGACAGGCUCCUUGCUACCGUCGAGGGCCGCCCGCUCCCGACGGAACUCCCUCAGAGGCCUCCCCCCUCGUCCUCCGGGGGCGGCGGUGGCAAGUACGGCGGCGGUUUCGGGAACGGCUCUAGCGGCGGCGGCGGUGGCAGCACCGAUCAGCGCGGCAUGGAGCGACUCGCGGGGGAGACGGACUCCGAGUACGUGGCUCGACAGACGGCGCUUAGGGGGGAGGCCUCGGCCAGAAUGCGGGACAAGUUUGGCGGCUCCAACCGCAUGCAGGGCUUGGGUAGCGACUCGUCCUACGACCCGGCGAGCGGGGGAUAUGGGGGCGGCGGGAGAGGGGGGGGCGGGAUGACCGCGGACGACAUUGGCGGUCAGAUCGGCGUCAUGGGGCAGAAGUCGAUGCGGUUCCUGUCGGAGUCCUUCGCCACCCUCCAGACGGGGGUAAAGGAGACGGCGCAUACGCUUGAAGAGCAACAGAUCGGGCAGUCGUUGAGCUCCGGGUUCCAGAGCGUAUCGGCAAAGCUCAAGGACCCCGAGCUGACCCAGAAGGUGUCGGCGUCAGCCGCGUGGGGGUGGGGAGCGCUCUCCAACCAAGCAGGGAGCCUCUGGAGCAAGGCGACGGAGACCGUCGCCGGCAUCUCGGAAGGGGACGAGCCGUUGAAACUGUACAAGGCGGGGGACGAGGCGGCGGACGGUGCGCGACACAAGCCGAUGGUGGGCUUCGGAGCGGGCGCGGGCGCCGCUGCCGCCGCCGCAGCCUCGCAGGGGGGGGCGUCGUCGUCCUUCUCGAGCGGAGGGGGCGGGAACAGCGGCUCGGGGGGCUGGGGAGGCGGGGGAGGCUCCUCCGCACAAGAAGGCAGUGGGAUCGAUGAUCUCCUUGGGUCGGGCUGGCGGGACGAGCCGACGCCCACUCCGCCGCUGCCGCCGGCCGCUGCCGUCGCUCGGCCACAGAGCACGUCGCCGCCGCCGUCGCAGCCUUCGUAUGGUUCCUCGCUACCGAAGGCACCCGCCUCUGUGGGUGCUCCCGCGUCGCGCAAGACAGCUACUGCUGCUGCUGCUGCUGCCCCCGCUGCUCGCGCGCAGGAAGAUGACGACUUUUUCGGGAGCUUUGGAGUAAAAUGAAGGGGAAAAGAGGGAGAAGAAACUUGUUAAUGUUGUGAAAGAUCAGAUUCCCUUUGGCUCUCCGGGGGGUUGGGAGGCGGGGGAGGGACAGGAGGCAUUUCCUCAGGUGCAAAACCAUUGUAAAAUGUAUCCCUAUCGUUCAUUCGCACACAUGACCAAGCAGAGGUGUUUGUCUGCCAGUACCCACAAGUGUCUCGGGCGGAAAUCCUCCCCUACGCUCAGCAGUUGUGGCCGCAGGCCGAUGAAAUGAGUGUUUCGUGGGCAACGGGCGAGCCGGUGUUGUGCCGCCGUGGCACGCACGGGAAAGCGGUAGGUACACUUCGGGUACGUCUGCUUGUUUGGAUGGAUGGGCUUCUCACCAACACAUGGAUGGCUAAUACCCCUUUGGGCUGACGGUAGCUUUACGCGUACCCCUUGUCUUCCGCAGUGGCCCUUUUUCUGGACAGCAGAAGGUGCAGAAGGUGGCGUGUUGUUCGUAGCGCUCUCCUCUCUCGCUACCUCUGGCGCGGUGUCUGUUUUUUUUUGUCUGUUUGAAUUGGGGGUGUAAUUUGCUUCUUCCCAUGGAAUACUCUUUAGCACUUGUGUCAGUUUUUCGGGGAGUUGCGGGGGGAAAGGCAGGGGCCACGACGGCCCGGGAGAAAGGUUGUGUACUCGUGUUACAGCAGUAAGUGCCGCCGAUAUUUGCCAAGAUUGUCAACGUUGGUUCUCACGGUGUUGUUAGACUAUGUACCCUUUUUUGUCGUCGAAUACAAACAGUCGUCGGGUUCGUGGCGUCAUCGUCUUUUUUCUGGUUGUUUCUCUAUGUGCCAUUUUUUUGUUAUUGAGGCCGAUGACGCACGGGUGCAUCCAUGUGUGCUACGCGCUGUCGUGGAUGUGAUUGUUGUGCCUCUAGUGG